AUGGGAAAAUUCUCGUCAAUCGUACUAAUAAUUACACUCGGAUCCAUACUAAAGGGAUGGACUGUCCCAGAAUGGCGAACUGGCUGGCUCGCUCUGCAUGAUCUAGAUGGUGUCUUCAGAAACACCAAGAUUUUACAAGCUGCUAAAGAAUUUCUCGAGAUAAACCCUAAACCUCCGACUGUUAUUAAGGCGGCUAUUCCCGACAUCUUGGAGAAAACUCCUAAAGAGUACUUCGAUAAGAGUGGGAGUUUCUUGAAAGAUAAAGUAGAUUUUGGAUAUUCUAAGCUCAAACACAUUCCUAGCCUCACUUGCUACAUGAAACCCGAAGCCUGCACCUUCUUAUGGACCGAGCUGGAUUUAUCUUGCUUUGUGGACAUCAAUGACGAUCAAGAAUUCUGCGAGAAGCUGGCUAAGGAAGAAAACAUCGUCGUUUUACCAGGUGAAGCAGCUUCACUCAAAAAAACCAAUGGCGUCAAGUAA